AUGGCAACCUCCUGGAUUCCCGCUAGCGUACAUGGACCUUACCCACCGCACAUGGUCCCGGGCGGUGUGGACAGUGAUGGUGCACAGAUCUUUGUCGGACGGGCGCAUCAUGCCGGUGAUCUACUUCCAGCCAAGGUGAUCCCCGACAAGAGUGCCGCGUACGUUGCGUACGGUGGACAAGAAACGUUCGUCGACAACGUGGAAGUGUUGGUUCACAAGCAGCUAAUCUGGGAUACGGCUUCCUCCGGCCAGCUACCAAUGGGUGCCGUCAUCGGUGGCCAUACGUCCGAUGGUGAAACACUGUACGUGGGCCGUGCCUAUCACGAGGGUUCGCAAACGAUCGGCAAGGUGCAGUGUUCGCACAACUGCAUCUACAUCCCGUACGGUGGUUCGGAAGUGUCCGUCCAAACGUACGAAGUGCUGUGCGAACGCCACUCGUGUUUCUUCGGCGCUCAGACCUUCCCAAGCAAGUGCAUCAUCAUGAGCGGAGGUUAUCCACGAUACGGAUUUCAUCCCGAUUACUUGUCUUAUCCGUCGGACUUAUCGUACAGCCCAGCCGAAGCACCCGCGGCACCGUCCGCAUUUGUUGAGCGUCGUAUAUCCAGCUCAUCUUCCGAUUCUUCCCGCUCCCUUUCAUCCUUGUCGGGCGAAACGGUUAAGCCACCGGUUUAUGGGACAAACGUACCGAACGAUUUCGCUGGCUGCUGGCAAUACUGCAACAUCAAUGGACCAUUCCCACCGAACAUGGUCCGUGCCGGUGUCGAUUGUGACGGUGAGGUAAUCUACGUCGGUCGUGCAUUCCACGAAGGUGACAUGGUACCGGCCAAGGUAAUCCCCACCAAGAACGUAGCCUUCGUCUGCCACGGUGGCGAGGAGGUCCUGAAGGAGGACUUUGAAGUGCUGCGAUACGGUGCAUUCGUCUGGGAGUACUCAUCGAACGGAACCGUACCGGAGUCGGCCAUGAAGAUUGGACAAACGACCGACGGUGAACCGCUGUACAUGGGACGUGCGAUCUACAGUGGAUCGCAAACGCCCGGCAAGGUGCAUCCAUCGCACGGUUGCUGCUAUCUACCGUUCGACGGGGCAGAAGUUAGCGUGACCGAGUAUGAAGUGCUGUGCAUUCGAUAAGCUAUC